ACUCUGUUAACUUUAUUUCUACAACAGACCUCAAUAUCUUACCGACGAAACUGCCUUGUCAGCGGAGAUAUACGAGUUUGGAAGACGCUUCGACGUCGAGAUACACUUCCUAAAACUCGUCUUUUAACAGGUCAGAAGAAUAUGCCAAAGUUGGAGAAGUUGCUGGAAGAUGGGCUCAGAUCAGAGUUAAUGCUCCAGCAGCAGCUGAAGGCCCUGAGUGAGGCCCUCAGGCAGCAGCUGCAGGAGACAGAGAAGAGACAGAAAGAGGAGCUUGAGAGAAGGAUUCAUCAGAACUCUCUGCUGUCAACAGAUGUUGAUCGAGAAUCUGGUGAUAGAAAUGAACUAAAAUAUCAGGCCAAGGAUGUGGGAAUGAGGGUAUCCACCUCUACACCUGUCCUGACCUCAGAUAAAGAGACUUUGAACCAUCCCAGAGUGUCAGAGAGGCUGAAGUUGUCUUCUCCAGCUCUGGUAUCCUCAAAACAGAAGAACUGUUCAGUCAGGACUUCCAAACUGAUCCCCUCGAGGGCUCAACCAUGUGAGCGGUUCGCUUUAACAAAAACAACAGAGAUGAGCAAAGAGGAGGAGGCCGAGGCUGAGUGUCGAAGGAAGUUCUCCGCUCUCCCAGUCCCCAGUCAUGUCACUCAGCCCCUCUAUCAGAAGAUGAUGGAGCUGAGAGAGAUAGAGAGGAGGCAGGGCCAUGAGCAGAGGAGGGACUUCUUGCUCUCCAGUCAUAGACCUUUCAGCUUCCAGGAGAGAGAAAGAGAGAAAAGGGAGAAGCUGAUAGCAGUGCUAAACCAAAUCUCACAUGAUGAGAAAAACAAGAUUACUGCUGUUAGGAAACCUCCUCACAAAGAGGUAAAAGACUCGUCAGACUCAGAUUUGAAAGAUCAGGAGCUUUGCAGACAAAUCUCAACUCAGAAAACAGUGCAACAUGAGAAUCCCACUGUGUCAGGCACCCCGAAACUUCGCACUGCCGAGCGCACCAGGAAGGAGAAGCUGGGCUUCCUGGAUGAGAGACCCAGUUUCAAGCCAAAAAUCACCAGCAGGCUGCACAAAACUUUGCAGACAGAGGCACUGAAAAAAACACAGAGUAAAGAUAGGAUAAAGUGUAAGCCCUUCUCUCUGAGGACAUCGGCUCUCCCUGCAAGGCGGAGCAGGACGGGCCCUGAAAACUCACAGGUACCAAAAAUAAGCAAUCUCAGCAGAAGCAAGUCACUUGGGGCCUUAACGUCACUGUCUGCGGACACUCUCCCCACAUACAUCACAGAUGCUGCGAGGAAGCGCUGCAUGGCCAUCAGAAAGUCAAUGGAGAUGAGGGACAGUAAGAAUCAAGAGAGUGCCGACUGGUUGAGAAAAUAUCAAAUGAGGUCCCAGGCCAUGAAGAAGACAGUCACACUCCAUGCAAAGCUGCUGGACCCACAUAGCAGCUUGAAAGAAGUCUAUAAUGACAAACUACAGAACCAUCGGGAGGCUGACCAACAAAGGAUGAGGGAGUACAUGAGGGAGUUACGGAGUAUGAAGGCACGAGUUAGUGAACGCCCUUAUUUGUUCGAACAGGUGAAACAGAGAAAUGCAAAGGCUCAUGCAGAGCAGACAUACAGGAACAAGCUGAAGAAAGCCGGCUUAGAGGAGCAGUUUGUUGAGGAAAAUGGAGAAGCAGUUGAAGGAACAUCAGCAUCAUCCAGAUCUGAGGAGGAUAUAGACGAGAACCGCAGCACUGAGAAUGACAUUCCCAGCAGGGAAGAAAAUGUAGACGACGGGGAGAAAAUUGAAGAUGUGGAAGAGAAGAGCGUGAAGUCCAAAGGGGAAGAAAUGCCAUGAUCAAAAAGGUUCAGGCGGCACAGAGUUUUUUAUGGCCUCUCCGCUAGAAAACAACACUGUCCUCAAAAAUGAUUCAUGUCACGGCUAACUAUCCGCACAGAGCAUUUGAUAGUUUAAGAUGUGCAACUAUAAAUUAUGAAAUGAUAAAACAACUGGACUUUACAAUCACAAAUGUUAGGGAUAACAACUAGAAGAAAAUACAACUUUAUAGAACUGUAUAUGUUAAUAAGAAAUUAUUUUUUAUAAGCUUUCAGUAUACAUGUCUAUGAUCUGCAUCAUGUGUCAUGCAGAUUGUGAAAAUGAAAAUUUAAAAAGCUGCUUUUUGUUUUAUGACAACAGUUUGCUCAGAAUUAUGAAGACUGUAAUUUAGAGGAUGAUGAACACUUGGUUACCAGAAUGAACAGUUUAAAAACAAAAUGGGAACACCAGUUGAGACCACCGUGUCUGCAACAUUUAUUUGUGUUUUACCCACUCUAAAUCAAGAAUAUUCUGAUAAUUAUAAAAAAUUAUAAUGCUUUUACCAUGAGAAAUUGUGUCUGUUUUUGCCCCUUGUUGUUUUUUCUUAGCCUAGUUUAAAACAUGCAAUAAAUGUAUAUUCUUUCAUUUGAUAGGUCCCAUAAGGACACUAAGCGUCUGCCAUGGGAUGGUUGGGUUAAAGUUCCUAGUUAUUUCCACAGCCACAUGGCCACCUAAAUAAACAGCCCUCUCUGUGUGUCUGUAUUCACAGAGACCAGUUCAGUGGUCACUCCUAGCCUAUAGACCCACAUCAAAUACACUUGUACACUGCACUCCACUGUGAACUUGUGCUUAGACAGCUGACUGCCAGGAAUUUUAGAAAUAAUUUUUUACUAACAAACCACAUGGGAAUGUCUGAAUAUGUAUAUAAUCAUAAUUAAGAUGUAGUCAAGGAGACCAGGGCAUACCAUAUGGUUAACUUAUGUAGGCCACUGUGUCAUGCAUUAAGGCUACUUAAGGCAAAGUUUGCAUGAGUUAAAUUUUGUAAGUUGUCCUGAGGUAACACUAGUGAAUUCUUAGUUGAAAGUCUGUUUGCUGUUUGUUUUUUGUUGUUGAAGAGUCCAAUAUGAUACAUACAGUUACAGUAUAAUUCUGUCGUUCUGCCAGGAAUAGUCGACUGUAACAGUAUUCACUCUGACUGUGUCGGUAUUAAAAUAAGCAUAUGGUUAAUUUUAUACAAUUAAACUAAAGUUGGUAACUUUUAUGAAAAUAACUGAGUCAUAUUUGCUGAAGCUGUCAUUAUAUUCUAAAAGAAGUACGUGAGACAGUCUGCGAAAAAAAAAUCACCCCUCCUUCUCUUCCUACUGCAUCUAAAGACAAUCGUUAAGAGUCUGCUGCAGUGCACCGUGUUACCUCUCAGUGACAGCUUACCAGCUCCGAACCGUUGUUUGGAACACGCUGACUUAUCAACAUUAAAUUAGCUGGUAACUCGCUUCUAGCUUCUGUAGAGGGAAGUAGGAAGGAUGGCGAGUCGCUUAGGUGCUGUUCACCAACAACAGCUUUAUUGAAGACUUCACCACAAAACAAGAAACAUGGCCUUCUCGUGAGGUCUAAUGGUAGCCUUGAGCUUAUCUAGAC